GCUAGAUAGUCCUCACAGAGAGGUACCUUAGCUCGAUCAAUAACUUCACCCUCUCCUUAUUCCAUGCCUCCCUUACAAAUCUUCUUCUCCUUCUCACUCUUCUUCCUCUUCCUCCUCUUUCCUCAAAGAGCAAGGGCAGCUCCGCCCGACUGCUCCAUAUCAAGCUGCCCUAACGACCCACGGGUACCAGUCAAGUUCCCUUUCCGGCUAAGACGCAUCCAGCUCUCAGUUUGCGGCUAUCCAGGGUUCGACCUCUCAUGCAACAACCGGACUCAACUCACCACCCUCACCCUCCCCGGCUCCGGAGCCUUCCUCGUCAAGCGCAUCGAUUACAGGUCUCAAACGCUCUGGAUCGACGACCGUAACUCCUGCCUCCCCAAAAGGCUCCUGUCCCAUCCUUUCAACCUCCACGACACUCCAUUCAGUGUCGUUGCCGGUUCCAAGAACUACACCUUCCUCAACUGCUCUUCCUCUCAGUCAACAUCGACGUUACCGGCCACCGCGACUAGUAUUUCUUGUCUAAGUGAUGAAGGGUACAAGGUUUAUGCUGUUCCCACGAGUGCGUACUAUGCCUCUGCACCGGCAGCGGCGCCUUCAUCUACGGGGUCGACUCCGGAACUAUGUUCGGUGAUUUCGACUGCUUUGGUUCCGAGAGGAGUGACGUAUGAGUGGGAAGUAAAUAUGGGUGGGGAGGUUAGCCGCGGCGGUGUAGCGCUGGGGUGGUCUCAGCCGGAUUGUAGGGAGUGUGAAGCUACGAAUAAAAGUUGUGGAUUCGACACAGAUACAAGUCAGAUUAUGUGCUACAAAAGCAAGAAAAGCCAUGUUCUCCCAAGAAGUGCAAAAUACGGCAUAAUCAUAGGUGUGGGAAUACCAGGGCUCUUAUUUAUCAUUGGCAUUGCAAAUUACAUCUACAGCAGGAUUUUCGGUCGCCGCCACCAGCCGAGCACAGACGAACUCUCCACCUCGACUGCUCUGCAAUCCGCCAACGUUGUUGUAGGCCUCGACGCCCCAACCAUUGAGUCAUACCCCAAGACUUUGCUGGGAGAGAGCCGGAGAUUACCUAGGGCCAACGACAAUACUUGCUCCAUUUGUUUGGGUGAGUACCAACCCAAAGAAGCACUGAGGACCAUACCGGAAUGUAACCAUUACUUCCAUGCUAAUUGCAUAGACGAAUGGCUCAAACUGAAUUCCUCGUGCCCAGUUUGCCGGAAGUCACCCGAGGUGUCAUCUCAUGUCACCCCUUCUUCUUCAGUGUCUUCAUCAACAUCGUCGUCUCUAGCAUCAGUACAAUAGAGUUAAUUCUAUCGAUCUUUUGCUCUCUUAUUUGUUUGUAUGCCAUAAUUUUUUUUUGUCCCAAAUGUUUUUGUCAAGGUAUGCUUGUUAUUAGAUUGGUGCAUGUAUAUAAUAUUUAGAUUCUUAUUGAAGCUUAUACCU